GUGAACAGGAGGGGGGGAUUUGUUUCACACAGUCCUUAUGGAGGAUAGGCUAUGCUGUAGUAAGCUGUGGUAAUAGUGUGUAUCAUCCUUGCCAAAUUACUGACACUGACAAUGACACUGCCAUAACAUAGCCUAACAAUAAUAAUGGUCAAUACUCUUGUAAAUUAUUUGUGUGAUAAAAGAUAAAAUUAAACACCUCCCAAAAAAAAAGAUGUGAUAAGAUCACCCAUUUAAAUUAAAUAAUGAUUUGAGUUUACACGACAACAAAAAAAAAAACAUGGGUGGGUACGUGCCCUUAUCGCAACUAGGAGCCAUCCUACUGCGGAUGAUCUUCAAGGUUUGGGCCUACUCCGGACUAGUGCUGGUAUUCUGUUUUUUACUCUAUUACAUGUAUGGUGGAUUAUUUGCGAUAUCAUUGCUCGUUUUCGCUGUUACAGGUAUUUUAUACCAAGUUCAAGAUAAUCUGCUCUAUUCUCCAGAACUACCAAGUCAUUCCAGGGUUUACAUACCAAUACCUUCAAUGUUUGGGAUGCCAUUUGAGAGUAUCAACCAUAAAUGUUCAGAUGGUGUGAUGAUUCAUAUGUAUUUUAUUCAUCAGCCAAAAGAGAGGCAAAGGCUGGCACCUACUUUUGUAUUUUUCCACGGAAAUGCUGGCAAUAUGGGGCACAGGCUGCAAAAUUGUGCAGGCUUCUAUCACAAUUUGCACUGUAAUAUAUUGCUGGUUGAAUAUAGGGGGUAUGGGUUGUCUGAAGGUAGUCCUUCCGAGGAAGGUUUAUAUUUGGAUGCCAGAGCUAGUUUGGAUUAUUUGUUUAGUAGGAACGACGUUAAUCAUUCGGAGAUUGUUGUUUUUGGGAGAUCACUUGGUGGAGCUGUUGCCAUUGAUUUGGCCACCCGAGACAAUUAUGCAAAUAAAAUUUGGUGCUUGGUAUUGGAGAAUACCUUCACCAGCAUACCAGAUAUGGCCAAGGUUUUACUAGGAUGGAAAAUAUUACACUAUCUUCCAAUUAUUUUUUACAAAAAUAAGUAUCUUUCAUGUCACAAAGUAAAACUCCUAAGAACGCCAACACUAUUCAUAUCCGGCCUAUCUGACGCUCUGGUACCACCAAAAAUGAUGCAAGACUUAUAUGAAAGAAGCGGCUGUAUAAGGAAACAAUUGUACCAGUUGCCAGCCGGUACUCACAACGAAACCUGGCAAUUGCCCGGGUACUAUCACGCUAUUGCAUUGUUUUUACAAAACUAUAGAAUAUCGUCGCUGAUGCGCCAAGCUAGCAUGGACAUGGACGGCAAAUCGGACAGUAGCGGCGGCAGCAUGUGGGGCGGAGUACAAGAUAUUUGAGUGAAUUUUAAGUAUAAUUUUUGGCAACUUACAUUGUGAUUUUAGAUGUAGCGUGAAUGAAUAAUUGUGUGUUAGCUUGUAGGAAAAUGUCUAUGCACAAAUGUGUUUAUAAAUUAUUUAUUGUGUAUUUAUGGCCUAUAUUAAUAAAAUUUCGUAUUCUUUUAUUGCAAUUAUUUAAAUAAAAGUAACCCCGGAUGUAAGGUAUCACAAUGACGUCA